AUGAAAAUUCUCAUAGCUGGUGGUGAUGGUUAUUGUGGUUGGGCGUCAGCUCUUCAUUUAUCUGCACGUGGUCAUGAUGUGACCAUAAUCGAUAAUCUUAUUCGUCGAGAAUGGGAUAAGGAACAUAAUUUAAAUUCACUUGUACCUAUUCAUUCAAUUGAUGAACGUCUAAAAGAAUGGCAUCGUUUAACAGGAAAAACAAUUCAUUUUGUUAAUGUGGAUGUCACCAAUUAUUCUGAUGUAUGCAAAGUGAUUAAUUGCGAAUCGAAAUUUGAUGCGUUAGUUCAUUUUGCUCAACAACGAUCAGCACCUUUUUCAAUGAUUAAUCAUGAACAUGCUGUUCGAACUCAUAUAAACAAUACUAUAGGAAAUAUGAAUAUUUUAUGGGCAUUACAUGAACAUUCGCCGAAUACUCAUCUUGUUAAAUUAGGUACAAUGGGUGAAUAUGGUACACCAAAUAUUGAUAUUGAAGAAGGUUUUAUCAAUAUUGAAUAUAAAGGACGAUCAGAUCGACUACCAUAUCCAAAACAGCCUGGAUCAUUUUAUCAUUUGACAAAAGUUUGUGACAGUGAUCAGAUUAAUUUUGCAUGUCGAACAUGGAAUUUGCGAGCAACAGAUUUAAAUCAAGGUGUCGUUUAUGGUUACAGUACUCCUGAAAUUGAUCUAUCUUCGAUAUUGGCUAAUCGUUUCGAUUAUGAUCAUAUAUUCGGUACUGUUCUCAAUCGUUUUUGUAUUCAAGCUGCACUUGGCCAUCCAUUGACCGUUUAUGGCAAAGGUGGUCAAACAAGAUCAAUCAUUGAUAUUCGUGAUACAGUGAAAUGCAUAGAAAUUGCAUGUGAAAUACCAGCUAAACCUGGCGAAUAUCGUGUAUUUAAUCAAUUUACAGAAAUGUUUUCUGUUUUAGACUUAGCCAAACUCGUCCAACAAGUGUCUGAAAAUCAAUUCCAUCGUGAAUGUAAAAUAACACAUUUAAAAAAUCCACGAACAGAAAAAGAAGUUCAUUAUUAUAAUUGCAUCAAUACGAAUCUUCGUUCCUUAGGUCUUCAACCAACAUUAUUAUCAAAUGAAACAAUUGCAUCACUUAUUCAAUUGUCAAAGAAAUAUGCAGACCGUGUCAACUUAAAAUUAAUUCCACCUCAGGUACAAUGGAACUCAGAUGAACAAGGAACUGCAACGAUUAUCAAUAAGGAGCACUAA